AUGGGACGACACGCGAACCCCGACAUAAGACGCGCUUUUGCUGAGUUCCAGGAUACCGACACUCCUUCAAAGUGCAACAAAGUACGAUGUCUUCACUGCGGCUUCGUUCGCGCAAAGAACACCACCCGUCAAAUCGAACAUCUUCAGGAUUGCGCCCCCUACCUGGCAUCUGCUGACGCCCAACUCUACCUCUCCCAGCAAGCGAACAACAACGACGCCUCCAACGCUGCCGCCAACAAUACCAAGAAUAACAACAGCAAGGCCAAUAGCAAUACCCUCGAAUCCAAUGGCCCAGUCGCUCCCCAACCUCCCAACCCCAAUAUCCUGAGCGGAAAACACCCCAAUCCAAACCUUCAGGUCCAUCGUCGAGGCACCAACCUCAAGCGCAGUCGCGACAGCCAGCCCAUCGCCCCGCAUCCUCCCAUUCCUCAGCACCCUGCCACACCUUCUCUGAACGCAUCCCUCACCGCACACCUGCUCGCAAAAAGCGCCGAAGAUUUUCGACGAGCCACGCAGCAACCCUUCCUCUCCCAUGCCGGCUGCGGUUCGCUAGCCCAGGGCCCGUUGUCCGUAUGGCUUGUACAAGACGGGCACCGCGCGCGAGGCUACAUAAGAUUCGUCGGACAGCUUCUCGCGAAGAUCCGACUACCCCAAACCGCGAAUUCGCAGUUCCACCCCAUGUACAGGACCAUGGACCUCCUGAUAUCGGCGUUGAACAACAUGCGACGCGAGAUGCAGUUCUUCGAGAUCACCGCGACAAAGUACGGCCUGGGACUGAGCCAGGAGGCGCCAUCGCCAAUCACCAGAGCCCUCCUCGAUCUGUUCGUGAGCGCAAGCAGUUCGAGCGCGUCUUUGCUCGAAGGGAUGGUCGUAUUGUGGGGGACUGAGCAUUGCUACCGCUCCGCCUGGCAAUACGCAUCGUCGUUCAGCGCGACCCUCACAUCCCCUAGCACGGACUCUCACAUCGUCGCGCUGCACCAAGCGCUGAUCCCCAACUGGACGUCCCCCGCAUUCCACAAAUUCGUCGACGCGACGCGCGCGCUUGUCGACGAGCUUGCCAACAUCACAACCACCCGCGACGGCAAAGAAGAGAUGCAGCGCUGCGAGGAGAUUUUCCAACAGAUCUGCUGGCUGGAAGAGCGCUUCUGGCCGGACGUCGACGGCAUGGGCGAGGAGGAUGAGAGCGGGCGUCUCGACUCCACGAGCAUGGGCAUGAACGGCGUCAUGAACGGCCCCAUGGGCGCGCCCUCGCUGGGCAACGGCGGGCUCAACGGCCAGGGACUGAACAACGGAAACGGGACUCCCGUCACUGACGGCAGGAAUAGCUUCGGCCUUGCGCCGGGCGGCGGCCUCGAUAACGUCGAUCAGUCGUCUUGAUUUCUCUCCCUCUCCUGUUCUACAAAUGUGUUUCUAGCGACUUCCUUCUUCUUCUUCUCCUCCUUCUCUUCUUCUCCCUCUUAUGUCUGUUUACUACCUUCUACAUAUAUCCCCUUUUCACUUUCCAUUGACCUCGCUCCGUUUCUCUUUUCAAUAGGUCCUAUUGGAUAUGCUAUUGUUCCUUUUGGAUAUGCCAUGCAAAACGUGCUAUGUGAUAACAAAAAAUAUAUCACUUUCUCAAC